AUGAGUUUCCAGUGCGACGACUGCGACAGAACCUUCCGCUCGGAGAUGGCCAUUGAAUCUCACUGCUACGCAAAGGGACACACAUGGGAGCCAGAACCAGAAUGGUACUGCGAUCUCUGCGAUAGAGCGUUCUCGUCUGAGCGGGGAUUGGAGCAGCACUGCGAAACUGCCAGAGCACAUCGUACGUGCAACCCCUGUAACAGAGUCUUCUCCACGGUAGAGGGAUACGAGAGGCAUUGCGAAACCGCCGUGAUCCACCGUACUUGUCAAGUCUGCGACAUUACAUUCUCCACGGUCAAGGGAUACGAGAUGCAUUGCGCGAACUCCCAAAAGCACCGUGAUCGACUUCGAAAGCCCGUCGAAUGCAACUUCUGCGAUCGAGUCUUCAAUUCACCUUCGGCGCUCGCACAGCACAUGGAAUCGGGGUUCCACAACGUCCAUAGGCACCAGGUCACUCAAGCUGUGCGCUCUCUGCGCGUUAUCCCGACGAUCACGUUGCCAGUCGACAACUACAUCCAAGGGCACAUCAGUGGUGCGCACAUCGAGGCUGUCGGCGAGGAGUAUGGAUAUGGGCCUCAACACCAGUCAGCCAAUAUUCGUGGUGACGAGCCGGUCUCUGAGUCAUCCGACGAGGAAGAUGCAGACGACAUCCAGGCUCCUCAAGUUGGCCUUCCGGUUGGCCAAUUUGUCGAACCAGGACCGCCACUCAGAGAUGAAGAGCUUGCCCACAGUACGGUCAUGACAGGCCCGCCUAGGGCUACAGCCAUUGUGUCCAGGCCCGUCGUUCCACCUCUCGCCGGCUCGUCAUAUACCACCUACGUCCCAGCCGACUUCCUUGACCUCGGCAUCCCUUAUUCGUGCCAUCUCUGCCUCCGUACCUUCAGAACAAUUCUUGCAUUGACGAUGCAUCUGAACUCGGCGGUGCACGACCCCGACGCGUUCAUAUGCCCCGGCCCCAAAUGCAAGGCAACGUUCACUCUGGUUUCGGGACUGAUGCAGCACUUGGAGAGCGGAAAGUGUGGCCUUUCUUCUAAGCAAGAGGUCUUCGAGAGGUUCGAGAAGCUUACCGGAAGGUUUUCGAAGCUCUUGAAGAUCUGA